AUUGGCUCAAGGGCUCGGGGGCAGGGCACUAGCGGCUGAGGCGACCGGCGGCGCGCGGGCGGUUAGUUGGUUUAUCCCCCUUAUCCCCCAGCCUCGCGGCCAUCAGGCGGCUCAGGGCCCUCGGAGACUUGGGACCCGCGGGAGGCAUGGCUGGUAUCCCCGCUCCCGGCAUCAGGAGGAGGAGCGGGCCCCCGGCACCUCGCCCUGGCCCGCCGCCUGGCGCCGGGCAACCCCCAAGCAAGCGGGCCAAGGGCUUUCCUGCGGCCGCUCUGGACCUCGAAGACCCUUUCGGCGCGCACGGGGACUUCACCGCCGACGACCUCGAGGAGCUCGACACCCUUGCGUCACAGGCCCUGAGCCAAUGCCCAGCUGCAGCUCGGGACACGUCCAGUGUACAUAAGGUCCCCAGAAUAGAUGGCAUGUCAAAAAAUAAACAUGUGGCAGGAAAAAGCAGAGAAAGUAUGCCAAUUAAAGAUAAUUUUGAAUUGGAGAUACUUCAGGCACAAUACAAAGAACUUAAAGAAAAGCUGAAGGCAAUGGAAGAAGACGUCCUCAUUAAAAAUGGAGAAAUUAAAAUUUUGCGGGACUCACUGCAUCAAACAGAAUCCAUUCUAGAGGAGCAGAAACGAUCACAUUUCCUUCUUGAGCAAGAGAAAGCUCAAGCACUGAAUGACAAAGAAAAGGAAUUCUCCAAAAAGCUCCAAUCAUUGCAGUCUGAACUCCAGUUUAAAGAUGCAGAGAUGAAUGAAUUAAGGACAAAGCUUCAAAGCAGUGAACGAGCAAAUAAACUGGUUGCACCACCCAUUUCCCACCUCAGUCCUAGGAAGAGUCCUUCCAUGGUUAUAAAGCAAGAAGCAUGUUCUCCACAAUUUGGAAAAACAUCUUUCCCUACAAAGGAGUCUUUUAGCGCUAACAUGUCCCUUCCCCAUCCCAGCCAGACAGAGCCAGGAUACAAGUCCCUGGUGGGCAGAGAGGAAAAUAAGACCUAUAGUCUGGGAGUUGAAUCCAUAGAACAAGAAGAUGCCCAGAAAAUUCUUGUUGACAGCUGGAUGCAGAGAUCAGACACUCAAGGUUCCAUUUUGAUAAACCUGCUUCUGAAGCAGCCUUUGAUCCCAGGGUCAUCCCUAGGUCUGUGCCACCUCCUGAGCAGUUGUUCUGAAGCUCCUGCUGGCACCACUUUACAGCCACCAGGGUUUGGCAGUAACUUGGCUGGUAUUUCAGGCCUCAGGACCACAGGUUUUCGUGAGGGGUCAUUUUCCUUCUCAGCCCUGAGAGAAGCACAGAACCUGGCAUUCACUGGACUGAAUCUGGUUGCUAGGAGUGAAGGUUCGUGUGACCGAGACCCAGCAGAGGAAGGCAGAAGGACCUUUCCACUCUGCCAGCUUCCUGGAGCUGUGCAUCUUCUCCCCCUUGUCCAGUUCUUCAUUGGCUCACACUGCCAGGCUCUGCAGGAUUUGGCAGCAGCCAAGAGAAGCGGAGCACCUGGGGACUCACCAACACAUUCCUCCUGCGUGAGCUCAGGGCCGGAGGCCAGCCCUGAGGACUCACUUUGCAGCUUGGAAAGUUUCUCUGUGGCUUCACUUAGCAUUCUUCAGCACCUGGUGUGCCACAGCAGAGCAGUCGUCAGUCUCUUAUUGUCAGGAAUGGGGGCUAACACUGCUUCUGGGGAAGGAAACAAGAGCCCAGUUCACAGACACAGUCAUGGAGAUGUGACCUCAGCUCCAAAAGGGAUUACUGAUGACCAAGCCCAACACCCACUAUUGAAGAUGCUUCUUCACCUCUUGGCUUUCUCUUCUGUAGCAACAACUCACCGAGCCAGUAUCCUGAGCCAGUGCAUUAAGGUUUUGGUGAAGUUAGCAGAAAAUGCUUCCUUUGAUUUGUUGCCCAGGUUCCAGUGUGUGUUCCCAGUACUACCACAGUGCCUCAGCCAAGAGACACCCCUGCCCAGUGUGCUGCUGACUGUUGAGCUCCUCUCCCUCUUGGUGGACCACGAGAAACUCGCUCCUCAGCUCUGUUCCCACUCAGAGGGCUGCCUCCUCCUGCUACUGUACAUGUACAUCACGUCAAGGCCUGACAAAGUGGCCUCAGAGAAACAGUGGCUCCAGCUGGAACAAGAGGUGGUGUGGCUUCUGGCGAAGCUUAGUGUGCAGAGUCCCUCCUCCCCAGUCACUGGCUCUGAUUGCCAGUGCAACGUGGAGGUGGUGAGAGCACUUACAGUGAUGUUGCACAGACAAUGGCUGACAGUGCGGAGGGCAGAGGAGCACCCAAGGACUGACCAGCAGAAACGGACAGUGCGCUGUCUGCGGGACACAGUGCUACUGCUUCACAGCCUGUCCCAGAAGGACAAACUCUUCACUGUGCACUGUGUGGAGGUCCUGCACCAGUAUGAUCAGGUGAUGCCAGGGGUCAGCACACUGAUCCGAGGGCUCCCUGAUGUGACAGAUUGUGAAGAGGCAGCCCUGGACGACCUCUGUGCUGCAGAGACUGAUGUGGAUGACCCAGAGAUGGACUGUACCUGAGCCCAAGGAGCAGCCAACCACACGAUGGCGCCUCGACCACCGUUUUCCUCACUUCAUCUACUUAUUAAA